AUGGAAUCCACGCCGGAACGGGCCUCUAGACCCCCCUCGCUCAGCAUCGAGGAUCCAGCUCGUGAGCGCCUCCCAACGGAUUCCAUGGUCACCGUGCCCCUUUCGGACCUCCAGCCUAGCCCGAGGGAGAUAGAUCUUGACCGCAGAUUCUCGGAAAUUACCUCUAUCUCUCCGGCCAGUCCCUGCAGCGAAGCAGAUGCAGAAGCAAAAGUGAUCACCCUCGACGAUGAGAUUGGAUCAGGCCAUAUUGGUUCAGAUGCAUCGUCUAGGAGGGAAUCUUCCGUGUCUGCGGUCGCAAGCGAGACUGUCGAGAAUAAGGAGAUGGACGAUGCCAGGUCUGUGGACUGGGUAGAGCUGGAAAAAACCGAAGAGCUGCAGUCGAAGUCAGGCCCAGCGGAUGACGCCUCGACCGCUCUGCUCCUGGCAAGAUUGGAACAGGAGAACGAUGCCCUCGCGACCGACCCCAAAUCAGCGCUGUCCGGCAGUCCAAAGCCCAGGCGCUCGUCCAGGCCACCCUCCAUCCACCAGCUCAAGAAACUGGUCAACGAUCCUCGGUCGUCGCUCCGAUACUCGCAACUCCCAACCCCUCAGAUGACCGAACUGGAGUUCUGGGCUGCCCUCGUCGCAGACUAUCCCCGAACGGCCCAGAGGCUCCCUACGCUCACGUCCAACAAGAUUCGAGGAGGCGUGCCUCCACCUCUACGGGGCGUUGUCUGGCCUAGCAUCGCUGGUGCUAGAGAUGUGGCACUCCAGGAAGAAUUUGACAAGCUGAGCGGCGAAUCCAGCCCGUAUGAAGGUCUCAUCGGCAAGGAUAUCGGCAGAAGCUUUCCCAACGUGGAGAUGUUUAGGGACCCCAACGGCGAGGGUCAGCAGAUGUUGGCCAAAGUUCUAAAAUGCUUUAGUCUCCAUGACACAAAGAUCGGGUACUGCCAGGGCCUUGGAUUCGUCGUUGGUCCUCUUUUGAUGCACAUGAGCGAAGCGGAGGCCUUCUCUGUGCUCGUUAGGCUUAUGGACCAUUAUGAUCUCCGAUCGUGCUUCCUGCCUACUUUAUCUGGCCUCCACUUGCGCAUCUAUCAGUUCCAGACGCUGCUCUCCCGUCAUCGACCGAAUCUUCAUGCGCACCUUGAAGCACUCAAUGUCGAGCCUGUCUACGUGUCGCAAUGGUUUCUGUCCUUUUUCGCCGUGACCUGUCCACUUCCAAUGCUGCUCCGUAUUUACGAUGUUCUGCUUCUCGAGGGUGCUUGCGAGACUCUGAUGCGCGUUGGACUUUCGUUGAUGCAACGAAACGAAAAGAAACUCCUGGCGUGUCACGAAUUUGAGGACGUCAUGCAACUUCUCCUAUCGAGGAGCAUUUGGGAUCCGUACUGCUGCAACGCGGACGACCUUGUUAACGACUUUGUCUCUCUCACGUCCCUCGUGACUCGAGAGAGCCUUCAAGCGCUAGAAGCGAGCUACAAAGAAUCCCAAGGAUCUUCGUCUAAUGUUUAUCUCCCGCAGCUACAAGCUGUUGCUUCUCGGUUUUUAGGGCGAUUAUGGGCGGGGUCGAAUGCUCACAAUUCCACCAAGUCACUUGUGCUCAACCCUGGAACGCCAUUUAGCCCAUCCGCGGUUCGCCGUACACCGUCCAAGCAGAGCAUGGCGUCCACCCUGAACUCUUUCGAGUCAACUUCCGAUGCUAGCACAGCCCCAACAGAGCUUUCAUCGGACGGCAGUAAGCGCAAGCAAAAGUCGACCAUGCAGAACAAAGACAAGGAUCUGCAUACUCAAAUCGAGGACCUGCUUAUCGCAUUGACAGACAUGCAGCGCGAGCAUGCAACUCUGGCUAAGGAACUGCAAAAGGAACGUGAAGAGCGCGAGGAAGACCAACAACUGGCUAAAUUAAUGUUGGGAUAUAUCAAAGAACAGCCGGAAGAUGAACAGGCCGUUGACCUUAUCGCUAAAGCGAACAGCCGCUUCUCUACUACUGAAUCCCGCCGGCUGUCUAUGCAGCAAACCAAACAGCAGCUUCGAGACGAUAUCGCCUUGUGGCGAGAGAAGUACGAAAUCGAGCUCGCCCGAUGUCAAAACUUGAGUCGCACAAUCGACGACCACGAGCACGAAAAUAACCAGUUAAAAGAGCAACUCCGUGACGCCCGCUCGCGCAUCCAGGAUGCCCACAGGGACAAGCAACGUCUCGAGCGCACCAUCCAGGAACUGCGAUCUCGCAAACAACCUCCCUCCAACACCUCCGACCGACCCCAGUCCACCGCUGACGACAAUCGGGCUUCCACCUCGGGUCUUCGCGAAUUCAAACUCGGUAAAGCUUCCACCAUCAGCACAUUUUCUACUCAGGCGACGUCUCCCAAAGCAGCUACUUUCGCCAAACGCACUAGCUCCCUCGGCGCCCCGACUUUCUUCACUCCACCCGAUAACGCCGAUGAAGACUCCCUGCUCGCAGAGCUCGUCAAUGCCAAGACAUCUGAAGCCAUCGCCCGUCAAGAACUCGACGAAGUCAAAGCAAAACUGGAAAACCUUCGAAAACUCAUGUCCAAAUCGGGCAUUGGCCUUUCCACUGCUGCUACGAUGCCGGCGGGAACCAUGCACCUGUCAACUGGAUGGGGAUCGUCCUCGACGACACCUCGAACUCCCAAUUCAAAUGGAAGUUCAGCAGUUAGUGCCGGCGGGGGUGGGGGCACCGGUGGCGGCGGCUUUUUCAGCGGAUGGACAAAGCGAACAUUAUCGUCUGGGAAUAUAUCAAUUGUGGAAUCAAAGUAAGAGACGUUCCACGUCUCCUCCCCUUUUUUGGUUGUGGGCCUUCGAUAAUCCGCCCUUCUUUUCCGAUUCUUUUCUUUUCUUUCGAGAUGAUUAGAUGUUCACGUGUCGCAAGGCACUUGGCAUCUUGUAUAAUCUACUCUUCACUUCAUUCUUUGUCUUUUUGUCCAUUUUCUUUUAGGAAGUCUCCUUGUUCAACAACAUUCUUGACAACAAAACCAGGAGAAUAUCUUUUCUUGUGCCUGUUUCUGGAAUAUACCCCUACCUCAAUUCCUCUCGACAGAGACUUAUUCCUUUUGUUCAAGAGUCCAGCCCAUCGCUAGUAAGCGAGCGCUGUCUUCCAUGAAUAUCCUUUUCGAGACAAUCUAACUAUUUCUGAGCCUGAAAACUAUAUUUCUUCCGCAUGCUUCCUUGCAUACCUAGCGGCAUGUUUUGGCUGACUCUAUAUGUCUAUCCUUUUUAAUAUCUUCUUUCUCUAUACAUCAUCAUAUCCCCUCUUGGUGUGUACAAGCACGUACGGACUGUAUACAUAGCGAAUAAGAGUAAAUAGUGUAUACCUUGUGGAAUUUAUUGGCAUUUCAUCAUGGAUAUGA